AUGCCUGAACAUGUUAAAGCAACACAGAGUGAAUUGGUUGGCCCAGUUUCAAGUCAUUUGCCGUAUACAAACGAGGAUGUGGGUGGUAGUAGACGUUGGGUAGAUCCAACUGAUGACUUCGUGGAUCGCCUCAACUAUGUUUAUACAGUUUCAUUACUGCUCUUCUUCGCAGCUCUCGUUGGUAGCAAACAACAUUUCGGUAGCCCCAUUCAGUGUAUGGCGCCUUCUCAUUUCCCAGAGACAUGGGUGACAUAUUCGCACGAUUAUUGUUUUAUCACUAGCACGUACUCGUUGAAUGUAUCUUCUUCACUUGCCAGUGGCAUCUCAACGANGAUCAUGAAAGAGCAUAUUAGCUAUUAUCAGUGGGUACCAUACGUCUUGGUGGUUCAAGCAUUUCUGCUCAUUCUUCCGAAAAUAUUCUGGAAUUCAGUUGCUAGUUUCCAGGGUGAGUUGAAUGGUAUUUCAGGAUUGGACAUACGUUCUAUCGUAGAGGAGACAAUGCGAUUAAACUUGAAGGAAAGUAUAAGGCAAUUGAACGUUUAUUCGAUGCAAUGCGUUUUGAUGUUGAAUACUCUGAACGAAAAGAUAUUCGUAUUGAUGUGGUUUAUGUUAUCAUUACUCGCCAUUGUGAAUCUUUCCUCUGCACUAUUCAUAACGAUCAGCUUUUUUACACCACCGCUUCGUUAUUAUCGUAUUUUACAGAUGCUCCAAAUCGACUCUAACGGAUGGGAUAUACGUAACAAACAUUUACUGAUUCGUUUUGUGAAUGGUUUUUUGAAAGCAGAUGGAGCAUUGUUACUUUGGUUUGUUGAUCAACGUGCUGGCGGGAUGAUGGCUUGUGAACUAGCUUGGCAUAUAUUAGUGCACACGUAUGGGCAUGUUGAUGAAUGCAAGGAUGAUGGCAGAAAUAAAGCGAUUCGAGAAAGAAGCGUUUGUGGUGAUACUGGUGGUGUGGGUUUGAUAAGAGCAGAUGAAAACACGUGA